AUGUGGGUUCAUGAAGAAAUAGUAAAUGGAAUUAAACUUACUGAAAUUAUCAAUACAGAACAUGAAAAUGUUAGAUAUUUGCCGGGUGAUUUCAUGGCAACAUGUACUUCUGGGCGUAAUCGUAAAAUAUACGAAGCAUUUAUUAAAACCAAAAAAUCGAUCCAGGAGUUGGAACAAGAAAUGCUGAAUGGACAAAGUUUUCAAGAUCCAGCAACUGCUGAAGCAAUCUUUGUGAUGCUAAAAAAGCAUAAUAUGAUAUCGAGAUUUCCGAUAUCAUACUGUGCUUUCUUAACAUCACUUUUUUAA